AUGCAAAACAAUUGGAUUUAUUCUAAUUCCCCAACAAUUGGCUUGUAUCAUGGAACUUACCUUGUUAAGCACAAAAAUUUUAAGAUAUCUUAUGGUAAUAGUGGUAUUGAAUUAUAUUUACGUGUUGAUAAGAAUGAUGAAAUACAAGGUAGUUCAGGAACAGUUACAAAUGGAGAUGUUUCAAUUUCAGUUUCUUACAAGUUGUUUCCAGAUGUUAACUACAUCAACAUCAUCCACACAGUUACAAACAACGGAGAUAGAAAUCAUGAAAUAGACUUUCGAUGCUAUUCAGACAUUGAUAUUGAAGGAAGUGAUGGAUCUGAUGGUGAUCAAUGUCCAACACGAAACAUUGAAGGAAAUCGAGGUGUUGAAUUUAUCAACAAAGAUAGAACAGUUCGAUUUCUUCUUCGAGAUUUCCCUUUUGUUACAAAUGUUGAUACUUAUUCAUAUACUUAUUGUCCUGGAUAUGGAAAUUGGAGUAAUUGUACAAAAUACAUAUAUAUUGAAUCUGGUGCUGGUAUUAGAUUUUCAUGGCAAAAUCAACAAAUUAAACCUCAUGAAUCUAAAAACUAUUCAUAUUCCAUUGGAAUGGGUGAAUAUUACAAAACCCAUAAAUUGAUUUUGUUGACACAAAAACAAGAUUGUUAUGAUCCAAACACAGAAUUUUCAUUAGAUUUCGCUAUUGAUUCCGUGAGAACUGAUACAGAUUUGGAAUUAACUAUUAAUCGACUUAUUGCCGAUACUAAUGAACAAACUGUUAAAACUUUUACAGAUAAAGGAUCUCAAAUGACAUUUUCUGACAAAUUAACAUUAUCACAAGGACACCAUACUAUCAAAUAUAUAACAACAGAUAGUCGCAACACUAAAUCAGAACUAUCAAUUCCUAUAAUUGUUACUAAGAAGCCAACAAUUACAUCAAGAAAAACAAUACAGAGUUAUUAUGAAUCAAUUGAUAAAUUACCAUUUGAUAUCGAUUUGUAUGAUGAUUCUUUUGCAGUUUUUAAGAUAUUUGAUGACCAAGAUACAUUAUUCUUCAACAAAUCAAUAAAUUGCAGAGGCCAAAUCAAAAACAUCUUAGAUACAAUUGAUUUCUUAAAAUCACCAAUCGAAACAGUUCGAAAAAUAUCAAUUGUUGCAGUAGAUGAAUUUGGUGUUUAUUCAAAUUUCAUUAAUUUCACUGUGAAUAAUGAGAAACCAUUCAUAAGAUUGUCCGAAAUAUCAACACCUAUUCAACUCAUACAAAAAAACUUGAGAAUUUACACAGACAUUCUUCUUAUGUCUGGAUCAACAACAGCUCGUAUAUAUUCUUCAAUAAACACAGAUUCAUAUUCAUUAAUGAGAACUUUGAAUGAUUUAACUCCUUAUCAAUGGAAAUCAGUAUCAUUUGGUUUCGAUGUUAAAGACAUUCCGAGUGAUGGAAAUAAUACAUUUAAAUUGUAUGUACAAGAUUCAAACAAUUUUGAAUCAAGUCCACUUCUACAAUCUCUUAUUUUGAUCGCUUAUCAAAGAGAUUGUACUAGUAAUCUCUAUUUGAGAAGGCGCUCGGCUUUUGUUGUUGUACUUACUAUGAACUAA